AUGAUAAAUGAAAAUCAAACAAUUCGUAAAUUACAAGAUGAGUUAGAUAAUACAACACAAUUGAUCGAAUCUAUUCGUAGUAAAGGCGCUGAUUUAACCCAAUUUACAAAUUUUCUUGAUGGCACUUUGAGUCAUAUACGUUCAACUGAAACAUCAACAACAGCAAGUACACCAAGUACACCAUCUAUAUCUAAUUGUUCGGAAUGUCGUCAAUUAAAAAAUGCGCUCAUGUUAGAAUUAACAGGCAAAGAACGUUAUCGAUUUGGUUACGAACAAUUGGCAGCGAUGGUAAAAGAAGCCGCACCAAUAUUACGAAAACAAAAACAAGAUUAUGAAGCAUCAUUUGAAGUUAUUGCCAAAUUAACAAGUGAACUAAAUGAAGCGAGAAAAGAAUUAUCUGAUUUACAUCAAUUGUCCGAUGAAAGUAUUGAAAACUAUCGUUAUAUUCAACGAGAAAAUCAGUAUAUGAACGAUGAUAAUAAAUCAUUGGGUACUAAAAUUCAAGUAUUAUUAGCAGAAAUUGAAGAACAUAGAACAGGAAAACGACCAGCUGAGAUAAAUCCAACUAUUAGUGAAGAUGAAAAUAGUAGUCAACAAGUACCACUUACAUUUCGAAAUGUUGUUGAACUUCAACAUGCUAAUCAAAAGUUAGACAAAAUGGUACGUGAAUUACGUGCACAAAAUGUAAUUGAAGAUGAAGAUUUGAAUCGAACAAGGUUUGAAGAAUUGAAAAAAGAACAUAAAUUACAAGAAGUUAAAUUGAAAGAAGCUAAAACGCAAUUAGAAAUGUGGGAAACUCAAAUGAAUUCUCUUGUUCAAGAGCGCGAUUUUCUUCGUCUACUCGUUUCGCGUUCAUCAUCACAAACAAAUUCAUCGUCAUCAUCCAGUGUAUCAACGAAUUAUCAUCAAUUAGAAAAUUUACGUGAUCAAAUUACUCGUCUUCAAGAAAAAAUUGAUGAAUUAUCUAAGAAAAAUACUCAAAUUUAUAAUGAAAAAGAUGAAUUAACAAGAUCAUCAAAUGAAAAAAUUCGUACAUUACAAUAUGAAUUAUUAACAUCACGAACUGAAGUUGAGCAGACAAUUACUAAACUCAAUUUAGCUAUUGAUGAACAAUCAACAAAUCGUUUAACAAUCACAUCGUUACGAACAGAAAUUAAAGGAUGGCAAGAGCGACAUAAAACAAUAUUAGAAAUGAAAGAAAAACAAGAAUCACAAUAUUAUGAAAUAUUAAAUGAAUUACGUCAAAUAAAAGAAGAAAAAUCAACAUUAGAAAUGAAAUUGAAUACAGUUGAAAUAGAACGAAAAUUUGAACGUAUUAAAUAUGAACAAACCGAUAAUGAAUGUAAAUUUUUAAAAAAUGAAAUUAAAAAAAAUGAACAAAUACAACCGGUUAUUGAAAAAUUACAGAAUUUGGCUGAAUUUACAAAAGAAAAAACAAAAGCAAUGUUUGAAGCAAGAAUGAAUGAUUUAAUGUUAAAUAAUGAUGAUUUGAAACAACGUUUUGAAAAUGAAGAACGUGAACGUGAAAAUGAUGCCAGAAAUUUUCAAAUACGUCUUGAUGAAGUUGUUCAUAGUUUGCAACAAGAAAAACUUCAACAUCAAGAAAUGCGAAAUAAAUUCAAUAUGGAAAAAGAACGAGCUGAACAAAUUAAUCAACAGUUGAAAGAAUUCGAAACGAAAUUAACAACAAAUAAAACGCAAAAAUCAGAUUUUGAACAACAACUAGGCGAUUAUGAAAAAGAAUUAAAAUUAUUUAAAGUUCAAUUGGAAUCAGCUAAUCAUGAAUUGGAAUUGAAGCAAACAUUAAUUCAAUCUGGUAAUGAUAAUAUAAAUGAACUAAAUUCAAUUGUUGAAAAAUCAUCUGUUGAAUUAGAAAAUAUGAAGCAGGAAUUUGAUCAAAAACGUUAUGAAUUUGAGAGUGAAAUUCAACGUUUGAAAGGAGAAUUAGCUCAACAAGAAAUUAUUCAACAACAACAUGAAACUCAUAUUCAAUCGUUAAAUUCACAAAUUCAAACCAUACAAGAUCAACAUCAUGCAGAAUUUACAAAAAUAAAUGAACUUAUUGAACAAGCACAAAUAGAAAAAUUAGCUUUAAAACAACAAUUAGAUGAAAUGGAAAAUAUUCGAUCACAUAUUAAAUUUGAAAAUGAACAAUUACAACAAAAUAUUUCACAAGUAACCACAUCACUUUACUACUAG